UUUCUCUCUUCCUCUCACACCAUUUUAUCACUUUCACCAGGGUUUAGUUUAGCCUCUCCCCAAAAAAACCAAAAUGGAACUCUCUCUCACUAAAAUCACCUCUCCUUUCACCAAAACGACAUCGUUUCCUUCCUUCACCCACACUGCUAACCCCAUCUCAAAAUCAAUCACUUUCCCCAAAACGACAUCGUUUCGAUCCUUACCCAAAAUAAAAUCAUCCAUUUAUAAUAACCACACCAUUUCACCAACCCCCAAAACCUUAAACCCUAAUUUACCAUCUUUCAUCAAAACCACGUUCAUCACCGGCGUCACCGUCGCCGCCGUGAUCCUCUCACGUUUUCCGACCAAACCCUCAAUUGCCGUCGCAGCUCCUCCACCACCACCCACCGUCGAAGUAACCGAGGAAGAAAAAACACACGAAAAGACAUUGGAAGAACAGCUGGACAAACACCCAGAUGACAAAAAUGUCUUGAAAUCCUUAAUGGAAGUCAAGAUUAAAAUAGGUAAAGUACAAGAAGCAAUAGGUAUUUUAAAUCAGUUAAUUAACUUAGAACCCGAAGAUAGCGAAUGGCAAUUGUUGAAAUAUCAUUUACAUUCUUAUAGUGGGGACCAUGAUUCCGCAAAAUCCGGAUUUGAACAGAUUUUAGAAAAAGACCCUUUUCGUGUCGAGGCGUAUCACGGGUUAGUAAUGGCGGCGUCUGCAAGCGAGUCGCUUGACGCGCUGAAAGACAUCGAAAAAAGGGUUUUAGAAGGGAUGGAAAUGUGUAAAAAAUCGAAAAAGAAAGACGAUGUUAGGGAUUUUAAGUUAUUGUUAGCGCAAAUUCGGGUUAUUCAAGGGGAAUAUGACGAGGCGUUAAAGAUUUACGAGGAGUUGAGUAAGGAAGAGGCGAGGGAUUUUAGGCCGUAUUUAUGUCAAGGGAUAAUUUAUACGUUGUUAGGGAAAAACGAUGAGGCGGAAAAGAUGUUUGGAAAGUAUAGGAGGCUUGUGCCGAAAGGACAUCCUUAUACGAGAUAUUUUGAUGAGAAUAUGGUUGCUACGAAAGUUUUUGCGCAAAAAGUGGAGAACGAGCGGGCGUUUUCCAAGAGUUGAGAGAGUUUGAUGGGGGCGGAAAUCGUGUAUAGCAAAGGUUAUGGUUUAUUACUCUGCUUUGCUUUUUAUGUUUAUGGAGAUCAUUGUUAAAUUUAUUUGUUAAGUAGUUUUAAAUUGUUAUCUUCGUUUCGGUAUUGUGAUGGUAUAAUCUGAGUAAGGGUUAGAUUUUUGGUUGGAUUUUGUUUAAGCUUUUGGUUUUUUAUGUUGGAAUUAGGAAGUUGUUGCUUAUGUUAA